AUGCCGCCGUACCCGGAUUCAUACAAUGGAGAACAGCAGGAGAACCAGUCGCGCCAAGGCAACACGGGUCGUGGCAUGCGCUCGUACAGCGUGGAGUAUGGCAACUACCCGUCGACGCGGACAGUUCGCAGUCAGUCAAUGGAGGGCCCACAGCUUUUUGCGUCCGCUCCACCAAUGGAGUAUCCGCCAUCGUUGAGCCGCAGCAAUUCUGCCGGAGUGGCCUUCGACUGGGGUCGUGCUCACAUGGAUGCAGCUCCCCCGCUACCGCCUGAUGUUCGCCACGGAAGCGGUAACGGAGCGGCCCACUACCCGCCGCCGCCGCCCGAGGCAUACUACGACGUGGAGUUCAAGCGCGGGCGACAAGAGGUGUUUGCCGGACGUGCUGCGUAUAAGCCCGGUGAAUACGUCAAGGUGGAGGCGGACCGUGGAGAAGACAUCGGCCGAAUCGUGCAACGCACGACAGAUGUGUCGAAGAUUGGCUCAGGAAAUGAGUCCGGGAGCCCUGGCGAGGACUCCAUGGGGCGCAGCAAGCGCCACGAUCUUCCGACGAAGAAAAUUAUUUGUGUCGCAAGCCUGCGUGAAUGUGAAAUGCUUAACGAGCAGCGUAAGGAAGAACACGAAGUGUUUGAAGUGUGCAAGAGCAAAGUGCGUCAGCGCCUGCUCCCUAUGAACGUGAUCGACGCGGAGUAUCAGUUCGACCGCCACAAGCUGACGUUUUUCUUCGAAGCCGACCGCCGCAUCGACUUCCGUGAGCUCGUGCGCGAUCUCUUCGCUAUCUACAAGACGCGCAUCUGGCUACAGCAGGUUGUUCCCACCGGGAAGAAGGCGGGGAACGAACCCGAGGCCAACUAG